AGGCAGCCUCAGUAAUACUUCUAGCCUCUAGCCUCUUCUACUUCUCUAGCGUUAUUGUUAAGCUUGUCGUGCUGUUUUGUUUCAUCGCUGCUGUAGCUUAGCUAUCGGUCGGUUGUUCGUGUUCGUUGAUCUCUUCAAUGUUUUGAUUGCAAGCCUAAACCUUAGCCGGAUUAAACUUCAGCCGGUUUUUGUUUUUAGUCUUUUCAUCGGUAUCAUGGUAUUUGGUUUUCUAGUUUGGCUCUAGCGCGGCAUAGUAAUUCAAUCUCUAUGAUGUUUUGAUCUCCGUUUGUUUGUUUUCUUCAAAUUUUUGAGACUUAUUAACAAGUGUUCGGAACAAAAAUAAUUAAUAAUUCUUUAAGUUAUGCGUGUUUCUUAAUGUUCAAUUGUUGUUAAGUUAUUUCAGUGAUUAAAUUGCUUUUCAUCCGUUUUGCUUUCUGUUUGAUUAAGCGUCAAAAUUUGAUGGAAAACGCGUUUUUCUAUGACACGUUGAAUAGCAAAUAAAAAAAUAAAAGUGAAUGUUAAUUUAAAUAGAGUACACAUUAGCAUAAAGCUUGUUUUAUUGCUUAGUACGAGUACUCACUAAGCACAAAUUAAAAUCAUCAUUAUUAAAUUUCUAAAUGAAUAAAUUGUGAAAGUGAAAUUGAAGAAGGUCAUUUUUCUUGUUGAUAAGUUGAUAAAGUGAUAAUAAAUGUUUAUAAAUGAGAUGCAUUUGGAAUUAAUAAACAAAGGCAUUUAAAAUCAAUAACAAAAUGGAAGCCUAGCAUCGACUUUUGAAACUUCAAAAUCACAACAAAAACAAUUAAUUAUAGGCAAAUAAUAUUGUAGAGGCACUUUUGCUGCCUUGAUACUCCUUUUAUAAUUAUUAUUUCCUAUAUAGAUGCAAUUUAUAAAAAUUGUAAUCAUUCAAUAGUUAGAACAACAAAAAAGAAGAAAACACCAAACACUUAUCUGAAAAGACAGAAUAAAAACCAUACAUUCCAAUUCCAACUUCAACCACAUUUCAAGCACAGCAUAACCCAUCACUUAACACAACACUACAAAAAAACAUCAUCUCAAGGACCCCAGAAUAAUUCUAUUUCGAUAAACUGGAAACCCAACAGAAUUUCCUGCAAGUAGUUUUACGAAAUGGCUGGCAUAAACAUUAAGCUGGCCGUAGGUAUGAAAUGGCGGCUUACGGUGACAUUUCGAUGAUUUCACCUCCUUCGUCUUCCAUUUCAAACGGCCAAGAUCCUUUUGGACAGCUGCCGCCACUGCCACCGCCACUGCGUUCAACACAAGUGAUUCAACCUCUAUCGGUUUUUCCAGUGUCCAAUUUGAGUGAAGACUCCUACGAUUAUGUUUUUGGUGGUCCACGUAAGACCCCACCUUCAUCAACACUUAAGCUGACCUCACCUCCAAUUAGACUGAGAUCUGACGCCGGACAUCAUCGAAGUGAUGGUAUUGUAAAUAAUGGCAGAUUAUAUCGACAUUCAUUUAGCUAUGCACCAAAACGAUACAGAAACGUAGGGGGUGGUGAACGAGAAUCAAAUACAUCGAGGAGAUGUCAUGGGGAGGACGAAGCAACAUUACGACAAUUGCUUCUCGAUUUGCAAAAGCAAGUUAGCGUGAUGAGUAUGAAUCUCUCGGCUAAGCUGGAUGAGCUUCAGAGAGGCGAUAGGCACUUGGAGACGACAGUCGCCUUGUGUGAAAUACGGACACAGCUGCAGGAGCUAACGAAAUCCGUUGAGAGUUGCCAAAGUGAAGUUUCAGAGGUGAAACGUGAUAUGGUAGCAAUAAAACAUGAAUUGGACACAGUGCAACAAGUUAAAGAAGAAAUCGAAGAGCUGCGUGAAUAUGUGGAUCGACUUGAGGAGCACACGCACAGGCGGAAGCUAAGACUUUUAGAACAAGUUUGUAGCUUAAAUUUUUUGCCAUGUUGUGGACUCACGUUCUUUCUGACAUACUCGAUAUUUUCGGCCGUCUUGGGAAUGCUCCAGUUUGGCUACAAUACCGGAGUGAUAAAUGCACCAGAAAAGAAUAUUGAGAAUUUCAUGAAGGACGUAUACAAGGAUCGAUAUGGGGAGGAUAUUAGCGAGGAAUUCAUACAGCAAUUGUAUUCGGUGGCAGUAUCGAUAUUUGCCAUCGGUGGUAUGCUGGGUGGAUUUAGCGGUGGAUGGAUGGCAAAUCGAUUUGGACGGAAAGGGGGAUUAUUACUAAACAACGUUCUUGGCAUCUCGGGAGCUUGCCUAAUGGGAUUCACUAAAGUCAGUCAUUCCUAUGAAAUGUUAUUCCUCGGCCGAUUUAUUAUUGGUGUUAAUUGCGGUUUAAAUACAUCUUUAGUACCAAUGUACAUCUCUGAAAUAGCACCACUUAAUUUAAGAGGUGGUUUAGGUACUGUAAAUCAAUUGGCUGUGACAGUAGGUUUACUAUUAUCCCAAGUCCUUGGAAUCGAGCAAAUUUUAGGAACAAAUGAAGGCUGGCCAGUAUUACUUGGUUUAGCAAUAUGUCCAGCCGUAUUGCAAUUGAUAUUAUUACCGGUAUGUCCGGAAUCGCCAAGAUAUCUUCUCAUAACAAAACAAUGGGAAGAAGAAGCUCGAAAAGCUCUUCGAAGACUUCGUGCAUCGAGUUCAGUUGAAGAAGAUAUCGAAGAAAUGCGUGCCGAAGAGCGUGCCCAACAAUGCGAAAGUCAUAUAUCAACUAUGGAACUUAUUUGUUCGCCAACUCUGAGGCCUCCACUUAUAAUAGGAAUUGUUAUGCAGCUUAGUCAACAAUUUAGUGGUAUCAAUGCCGUAUUUUACUAUUCAACUUCACUAUUCAAUAGUUCAGGCUUAACAGAAGAAAGCGCCAAAUUUGCAACUAUCGGUAUCGGUGCUAUUAUGGUUGUUAUGACUCUAGUAUCCAUCCCCUUAAUGGACCGAACUGGUCGAAGAACACUCCAUCUCUACGGAUUAGGUGGAAUGUUCAUAUUCUCAAUAUUCAUAACGAUAUCAUUUUUAAUUAAGGAAAUGAUCGACUGGAUGUCAUAUCUCUCUGUGGUUUCGGUAUUGGCGUUUGUGGUGUUCUUUGCCGUUGGACCAGGUUCAAUACCAUGGAUGAUAACUGCCGAAUUAUUCUCACAAGGUCCUCGGCCAAGCGCCAUGGCUAUUGCUGUUCUAGUCAAUUGGAUGGCAAAUUUUGUUGUCGGAAUUGGUUUCCCAAGUAUAAGGACUGCAUUGGAAAAUUAUACAUUCUUGCCAUUUAGCGUAUUUUUAGCUAUAUUUUGGAUUUUCACCUAUAAAAAGGUUCCUGAGACCAAAAAUAAAACAUUCGAAGAAAUUUUAGCACUAUUCCGACACGGAAAUGGAAGGAGUAUGCUAAACUGCGUAAAUAGUUUGGAGCCGCAAAGUAUGAAUUCUGGCAUCGAACAUGCCGCAUUGAUGGUAUCUGAGGAAAAAACCCAACAUGAUUCACUUUUUGGGACCACUUCGUUUUCAUUAACGGUUGAAGGCAUGGGACCUUACCCAUUAAGCGAUAGCACCAAUUUAUUGGGUCCAACAAGUUUGGCUGGCAGCUCAACUUGUCAUUAUACGAACUAUGGUACAAAUAUAAAUACUCCAGUUCCUAUACGAAAAUGUUACUACAGUAGAGACAGUUUCCGAAGGCAUUCAGCGCAUGGAAGAAUAUGUUCCUCAGAUUCAUUUCCCCUAAAGAACGCCUCCCCUCCUGAGACCGCUAGCCUUCAUUCCAACGCCGAUCAACAACAACAACAAUUGCACCACCAACAUCAGCCCUCAUCGUCACAGCAUCAUCACAUGCACUGUAGUUAUGAAAAGGACAUCGUGUGUGAUGAUCCAGUGUCCCAUCACAGCGGCGAUCAUCAUUACUAUCAGCAGCACCAGCAGCAGCAGUCGGAGUACGAUGACGGCACGUUGCGGCACCACAAGAAGCAGCCACAUCAUCAGUCACCUCACAGCCACCAUAGCCAUAGCCUACAUUCGUCACCACACCAGAGCACUGCUCAUCAGCACUAUGAUCACGAACGUACUGCUACUAUCGACGGCAGUGAGGUAACACGGCACCAUUCUCACUCCCAGCAUCAUCAUCAUCGGAGACGGAGGCGACAUCAUCACCACCACAAUGGUGGAGCGGGAGGCGGUGGAACUAUUGGUUCGGGGCACGGCCACCAUCAUGGGCACGGCGGCGAACAACGACGCCAGCACCACGAGUCGGGUUGUCCAAAACGUCAUCGAUCAGCAACUGACGUUUCCACAACAUCGAUCAACACGUGCCACGAGCCCUCGUGUCCCGAUCGGGAAGUUCAGGAGAUUCUCAUUCGUAAGAGUUGUUGUACCUCAUCGCGCACCGAGUUGGCCCAAUAUUUCGCGGAAGACCUCUACGGAACCUCUCGUCGCCCAUCGUCUUGCUGCACUUCUUCGGACUACUGCUACCACACGGACUCGACUAGUUUGUACGGAUCGCGAUCUUCGCUGAGCAGACAGAACUCCAUCAAAUCGGGAUCAGUAACUAUGCGCAGUAGGAAGCGAGUGCACCAUCGCCAACCGUCGUACACAUCGAUCUCCCUUCGCGGCCUUAACGCUAGCCAGCCAAACAGCCAGUUGGGUUCCUUAACGUCGAUUUUCGAUCGAGCACGAGAAAUUGAGAGUGGCAAAAUGAUCGUCUCCCCCUCGAAAGUCACCAUCGAGCACCAGGCAUCGGGCAAGGAUAGCGGCAGCAACAAGGAACUGCCCGAAUAUGCCUGCUCGCCAUCACCGAUACGGUGGAGCUUCUUAGCCGACGGCACUACUCGAAAAUCUCCCACAGAUUACGAGUCAGCCGGGGCUGGUGGCCAUGGAGGAGGCGAUCAUGAUCGUGAUCAUCGAUCGGAUCAUCAGCAAUCACAUGAUCGCGAUAGAGAUCGCGCAAGUACUAGUGGCAGCCGAAAGUGUCGUGACAGCCCGCUGCAUAUAAGAGGCGGUGCUGGAACUUCAGAUGAAUACGAAGAAUCUACAACAGUUCUCUACCAUCAGGAGGGAGAGGCGUAUAAUAAUUGCUGCAGCAAUUACGUUCAAUGCAAUUCUUACCUAGAUCACGAUCUGCAAAUCACCAGCGAAGAUAUUCAUGAGUAUCUGUCGAAGGGAAAUCAACAGGGUGUGAUUUUGAAUAAUUCCAAAAACUACCCUUUCCAACCUUGCAAUGCGCUCGAAUUCCAAUAUAAAAACAAUUUCAACAACAAUCCAGCAGCAGGUGGAGCUGGCGGCGGCGGUGGCGGCGGCGGUGGCGGUGCCCUAGAAUCACGACGUAGUUCCACAAAAGAAACCAAUUUGAAUCAAAAUUCUACUGACGGCGGUGGCGGUAGCAGUUCACUCGAGUCACGAAACUCAACACCAUUAUCACCAACGAACAUCAAUCUCUCCUCAAGUUCGAACAACAUCAAUAUCGUCUUUAAUUCCUACCUCGAACGUAAUGCCAAUGAAGUGAAAUUCAUCAAUACAUCCCGUGAGAAUGUCGUCUCCGCCGAGGCUCACCACUCUGGCUAUCUGCCGUACACUUAUCCAACCUACGAUUACACCAAUAUGUCAUCGAACUCUCAAUUCGAUAAGCCUCUAGGCAUUGAUGAAAUCAACCCUUCCGACGAGGCAUUGACAUCGACAUCGAUACCCGGAAGGAUGCAUAAAGCAACCGAAGGUGUGCCAUCGAUUUCUGCGACAGCAGUGGUGACUUUUGAAAGCUUCGAAACUGAGGCUUCAGACAAUAACCUUCUGUCACAUCGAAGUUCAUUAAAUGGCAGUUUCAAUGACGGACAUGUUAACUAUCAAUUCUCACCAACAUCACCAGCAUCGGUGGCAUCCUCAGUAUCGGCGCUGAAUGGUGGCGGACAAAAUGGCGAACAACGACAUCGAUUCCACCAUCAUCACUUUACAUCAUCUCAACACAGAUGGCACCACGUCACGGAGAAUUUCAAAUUCACCAAUGCGUUUAAGGGGGUGAGAAAACGAGCUCGAAAAUGUGCUGAUUACUUGAAGAAGAAAUAAUAAGGGGAAUACAAAAACAAUUGACAGUGUAUAGGAAAUAGCGGCUAGUUACAUUAUAUACAUAUAUAAAUCGGAUCCAGAAUGUUGUGUUUAGCAAAGGCGGUGGUGGUUUGUCUAAAUUUUGCAGAUUGACAGGAAUGUCAUAAUUGACAUGAGCUGGAAAUUUCCUUUUCUUAACGCUGUGCUAUUUGUCAAAUUUCAAUUAUAAGUUUCAAAACCAAAUUCCAAGCUGACAUUAAUUCCCAAAGGGGGGAAGAUUUAAAAUAAAUGUUCAAUUUUUUGAUAAAAUAGUCACAAUGGAAACAAACCAUAAAAUUCACAUUCAUUUAUUUUUCUGACAGAAACACAGGUUCUUGAACAGCUGAUUCUUAUUUGUCAAAAAAUUAAACAAAGCGUUCACUUGGGCCAGUUUAUAUUCCUGAGAUCAUCUCAGAGAUUUCUAUAUUCUAAAAAGUAUAAAUAAAAUGACAAAUAAAAAUGUUUUGUCUUUGUUGUCAAAAUUGCGAGAUUAGAAUGUUUAUGAUUCGAUUUCUCAAGUAUUCUCCAUCGCACAAUUCAAAAAUACAAAUACAAAAAUAAAUUGACUGCUUGCUAAAAAUUAUAAGAGACUUUUUGUUGUAUUUCAUUGUCCUGUUCUGUCAUUUUGACUGAGAAAAACUCAGAAAUAUAAUAAAUUAAAAUUGGCCAGUUCAUUUGCGUUUCUAUUCUAUGCAAUUCAAGUGACAGAUUUCUGCCAGAAAAAGUUGUCCAGUGUAUUUCAAUCAAGAAUUUUUUCUCAGUGACUGAUACUUUCAAUGAUGGCUAUUAAUGAACUGUCAAAACCAAAUGAUUGUAAUUUUUUGACAGUUUGGUUACAGCUUUCAUUUAGAAUCAAGCAUUUGAAGUUAAAAUUGAUCAUUGAAAGGAAAAUUUAAAGAUGGAAAUGCAAAGAAAAUGGAGAACUUUCAGUCGUCCUAUUUUGUUUCUAAUAAGUGGCCAUUGGUUUUCAUGAUUAAAACGAAUCAUUGGAGUUUUUUGACAGCUUUUUUACAGCUUGUUUUCAUCUUUUUUAAAGCUUUAAUUGAAAGUUUCUGUCGCUGGAUAAAUAUUUCUUGAUUGGAACCAAGCGCUUCACGAUUAUGAUCAAGCAUUUGGUGUACAGGUGUAAGAGUUCAUCAUUGAAAGUAAAACUGACAGGCGGGAAUUUGACUCCUUCCCUCCCUUUUAAAUCUCCAAAUAAAAUGUUCAAUGAUGAAAACCAAUGAUAGCUAUAGUUGGCAGCUUACAGACUAGACAUCAGCUCAAAAACUAGUUCACUUUCAGAUAACAUUGGCUUUCAAAACCAGGUUCAAAGUAAUUGUUUUAAUGAUUUAAUUUCGUAAUGUAACCAUUGGUUUUCUAAUAUUUCAAACCUGAUUGCUUGUCACAUUACACAAAUCUAUCUUAACAUAUGGCCUUCGCUUUCAAAAUGGAAACUGUUAAUGGCUGCUAAAAAUUGACAGCUGAACAAAACGAACUGUUGUUUUGAAAUAUGUCAUGUGAUGGGAACUUGAUCCGCAUUUUAAAACAAUUAACCCAUGAUUACAUUUGCAUACAAAACGAAGACUUCACAUUUAUUCUCCUGCCACCAGCCUAGCCUAAACCAUCAACGUGUCAAAAACCAAAGUUCAUUCAUUUUAAAAACACAUCCACACCUAUCGUGAUGGGAUCUACAUUCAUAGAAUCCACAAUUUAUUCAACGCAGCACCACGAAACAUCGCAUUUUACCACAUUCGUAUGAAAGCCUUCAAAAACACCGCACACAACGAUUAGGAACAAAUAAAAAAACUUUCAAAAAUAUUACAAAACAUAAAUAAAACUAAAAUAUAACCAAAAAUACAAAUAAAUGACAUCCAAUCAUCAGAAAACACUCUUCCAAAAACUUUCAUCCCUAGAAAAUUUUUAAAAAACAACUAAAACAACUGUAUUUUUUGGUUUAAAAACAUAAACAAAAUAUUAUUCACAAAAAAAACAAAAACAAACAAAAUAUAAUGUAAAAUGUAGAGAAACAAAAAAUAUAAACAAACUGUCGUAGUCCUAUUUCAUUUUGUAAUUUUGUAUUUUUAAGCAAACAAACAAAACAAAAAACUAUAAAUUAAUAAAUUAAUAUGAAUAAAAAACAAAAACAAAAACUGGUGAUGAUUACGCUAUAGCAAAUACCAAAAAAUUAACUUCUCUUAAAUAACAAUAAACAAAUGAAAGAACAAACAAAAAUAAAACAAGUAAAGCAUACCUAUGAUAUAAAUAAAACAAAAAUCCGUAUUUAUUGUAAAAACAAAAAAAUAAAACAAAACAAAAACUUGUUUAAUUGUUAAAUUUUGUUACAAAAAAUUAAUAAUAAAAAAAACAGUAAAAAAUAAUUGCAUUUUUAUUUUUAUAAAUUUUAACUAUUUUUUAUAUUAGAUAAAGUAUAGGUAUAAAUGUAUAAAAAAUCAAAUGCAAUUUCUACAAAAACAAAAAUCAUAUAAAAUAAUUUAAUUUAAAAAUUUAAAUAAAUUAACGAAUUACGAAAAAAUCACACAAGCGAGAGGAGAAAAAUUCUAAAUUUAUAUACGAAGCUGAAUGUUAAGGAUUGUAAUAAAUAAUAAAAAUAUAAAAAUUUCAUUAAUAAAAACAAAAAAAAAAAAAACACACACCAAAAAAUAAUAAAAAUAAAAUAAAAUAUAUAACUGUAAUAGAUAAGUGACACGUUUUCGUUUAUAGAGUUAAUUAAUAUAAAUAAAUAUAAAUAUUAUAAAAUAAGUGACCGAUAUAGUUACGCACUGAUUAACUAUUUUAUAGUUUCGAAAAAUGUAUUAUUUUAAUUUCAAGAAAAACAAAUUAAUUAUUUAAUAAAUAUUUAGGUAAAUAGGAUAAUGUUUAAUAUAUAUAUAAAUAUAUAAAUAAAUUUAAUUUUGUUAUAUUUUUAGUUAAAUUUGUCUGUGAAAAACUAGAAUUUUUCACAGGGUUCGUCUUUGCACAAAAACAUGAAAAUUUUAAAAAUAAAAACAAAAACAGCCGAAGUAACGAAAAUAUAGUUUAAGAUUGUAAAUUUUAAAGUAGUAGAAAGUCAAGGCGCUAGGUAAAAUAUUUAUAUAAAUAUAAUAUAAAAGAACUACUGUUUCUUUGUUAUGAUGUAUAAACAAACAAAAAAUGUAUUUUUUAGGAAAAUUAUUUAAUUUUUUCUUUCCAAAAAUUAUAUGAUUUUUAAUAAUUGAAAAACAAAAUGAAAAAAAAAAUAACUAUUGUCUUCCAGUUUUCUCAUUUAUACAAAUAGUUAAUAUUUUUAUUUUCUUAAUGUAUAUUUUUUUUCUUAAUGAAAAUCUACACGUUGGGAUGGAAUUUUUAAGUUAAAAGCCAUUGUUUAAAGCGAAAGUAUAAUCUCUCUACUAACACCAACAAAAAACAAGCAAAUAAGAAGUUGAACGUUUUUGAAAACUUAAUAGUACUUCUUGGAUCACGGGUAGUGAAAUUUACUAAUACUUAAUCUGAUCUUGGAAAAUAGCUCGGAAUUCUGCCAAGAUUGAAUUUAGGCGUCUGUUAAAAGAAGACUAAUAAAUGUCAGCUACGUUUCCUAGGACAACUCAAAAUUAUUUUCUGCUCCCAGCAAAUGCCUCGCUAGUCCCGAAUAUGUUCCUGUAGGCUUGUAAAAGAAUGCAACCUUUUGCGAAUGGAAUCUUUUAUAACUUCAUAUUAAAAUUGUCAUAAUUUGUAUUCACCGAAAUACUGGAACUUCAUAUUAUUCAACCACCAACCAUUUGACUUUAAAAUGAUUGCAUUUAUUUUCUUCAAUCAUUUGAUUGCAAUCAUUUUUUAGUGUUUUGCAUUAAUUUUCAUUCACUAAAAGUAGUUGCAUUCUUUUGAAUUAUUCAAUGAAUGCAAUCAAUUGAAUUUAUAAAAGAUUGUAAUCACUUGCGAGCCUAAAACACAUUUUGAAUUAGCAAGGCAUCCGUUCGGAGUGAAUAUUUAUCCUCGAUGAAUAUUUCCCCGAAGAUGCAUGUUCCAUUCGACGUUACUGUAAUGGUGCUUGAUUGUUUUUUAGUUUUGCGAUUACUUUGGAAACAUACAUUUUGUAUUACUUUCUUAAAUUUUUACUAGACUUGUUAAAAUGUUUGCAAUUGUUUUGCUAAGAAAUUGUGUCGCAGGAAAUCGGAAAAAUGAUUUUAUUUAAGGGGUAGUUAUAGCUGGCAUUGAAAGUAAUCCGAAAAAAAUCUUUGAAUGCUUAUUUUGAACACUUGAAAUUAACUUAAAGAACUAUAUUCCUGGCAGAAAUUCAUUUUCCUGAAUAACAGAUUAUGUUGAUAAAUUAAAUAGAUUUUAGUCUGGAAAGAUUCCAAUUCGGAUUUUUUUUUUCAAUAAUAGACAUUGUUAAAUGAUCACUAUGACCAAUCUGUCAAAAAAAUUCGAAUGUUUGGUUUUAAUGGUAAAUUAAACUGGUUCCAUAGCUGUCAAAAAUAUCACAAAAAUGCACUUAACUGCAACGAUCGCAAUCCACCAGGGUGCGUUUAAAAAAUAUUGGACACAAUUUGGAACAAUUUGAAUCGGCUACCAUUGGUUUUUAUCAUUGAAACCAAUCAUUGGAAUUUUUUUGACUUUUCAUUUUCAGCGAUCAUUGAAAAAAAUGUUCUGAUUAAAAUUUAUUGGGAGUUUUUUUUGACAGAAAUCUGUCAUUAGAGUUGUUUAUUGUUUAUAAAAACACAAAUCAGAUUAAAAUAAUUUUUCGUCAGUUAAAUUUUUAAAUGAUCGAAUAGACCAAAAUGUCAAAAUCAUGCUAAUGAUUAGGUUCCAAAAUAGCUUUAACUGGCUCCUCAGCUGUCACAAAUUUCACAAAAUUGAUGUUGAUUGCAUUUCGGCAGUGUGGAAAAAAAUACUUCGAAUAGCUGUUUUGCAGAGUACCUCGAAAUAAGGGAACAACUUAAGGUAUCAUUGAUUUUCAUAAUUGAAACAGAAUACUGGAAAGGUUUUGACAGGUCAUUUUUAAGGAUUAUUAUAAAUUUUUGUCAUUGAAUAAAAUGUCGUGAUUGAAAUCCACCUGUCAAAACUGUCAAAAUAAUUUGAUUUGAAUUCCUAAAAUGACCUCUUAGCUUCCAGAAAUUUAAGGAAAGUGCAGUUGAUCGCAUUUCUAAUCAAUUUGGGGGAGUAAGUUUAAGACAACUGUUGAAAAGAAUACUUCUUAGCAAUAAAUCUUCCAAUUCGAAAAGAAUCGGAGAAAUUUCAACUAAAAUUCGAUUCCUUCUUAAGUCUUAUGGCUGAAUUACAAACACGCUUCAGCUUCGGCUUCGUCUGCGUUACGGUGGGCCUGCUUCAAGGUUGAUUUCAAUGACAUUUCUAUUAUUUCAUCCCUCCAAAAAGUAAAUAUUUUGUUUUUUGACAUUUUUGUACAGCUUUUGAGCUGUCAUACCAAGCAAAUGUUCAGAUAAUUGAACUAGAGCUUUCGUUUUGAGUCACAUUAUGUUCUUUUCCUUACGAUUGUCAAACGAAACGUGAGGUCGAAGCUCCAUUGUGAUAGCAUGCAUUGAAUUCCUAUGGCUGAACUCGUAAACGUCAGGUGAAGCCGAAGCUGAAGCGUUUUAGUUUUAGUCAAACCAUCUGAAUUCAAUCCCUGCCAGUGCCACCUUACAUUUUUUUACGGGUACUCCGCUUGCGAGGAAAGUAAAAAUUGAUAUUAAAUUGUAAGUCCCCCCUUGCCCCACGCAGUAAUGGGUUAUAAGUCUCAAGGCUUUGGUUCUUAAGCCUUUAUGACAACCUUAAAAUUUUCAUUUUAAAUGAUUUCCUAUAAAUCUUUGGAUCUCAAAAUGUAGGCUCAAGAGAUUAUAACUGGGAAAAAUGUUUCAGUACUCCAAAAUUAUUUUUAGUUUGCUUUUACCCAAAACUUAAAAUACGUUUAUCUCAAUACUGCAUUUUUGAAGUUUGGCCGGGCACGUAACUCAGUAAUUUAUUUUGUAGUAUUUCUCAAAACAAAUUUCCAAAAACCAUAUUUUUUCGGAUACUAGGGAGGCUAAGUCCCUAAUCAAGAAUUUCACACUGCCUUUUCAAGUCUGAAGCUUCAAAAAUUAAGCCCAUACUGAUGCAAUUCCUUGCAGAAGAAAAAAUUACAGACUUCUAUAGAAAAGUAAGGCCAUCAUACGAAUUCGACUUUUUUUGAAAAGUUCAAAUGGAAAUCAAAAUUAUUUGAAAACAUAUGAAUACUGCAAAUUAACAAAUUUUUCACUGCCUAAAAGCUAAGCCAGAAAUCUGCUGCUUAUUUUGUUUACCACAAAAUCUCAAAAUUAAAAUCUUUUUGUUCCAGGAUUGAGAGUAUUACGUUUUUUUCUUAUAAGCCCAAAAACACGUGUCUUAGGCUGUCUUUUCCACUUUUAAUAAAUAAACUAAGCCUAAAUAUAUUUUCCAAUGCCCAACAAAGUUAAAUAUUUUACUUUAAAAUUGAAAUUAUAUUCAAUUUUUAUUUAAUUUACAAUAAAUUUAUUUAUUUAAAUUUAAAUCUAUAACUAAAUUUUAAUUAAAUAAAUAUAUAAAAGUAUUUGUUUCAUCAAAUCGAAGUACCUAUUUGUAGAAAAUUCUCAUGUAAAUAAAUAAAUAAAUAAUAUAUAAUUUUUUUCUUUAAAUAAAUAUAUAUAAACAAAAUAACAAACAGAAAACAAACAAUAUAUAUAAAUAAAAUAAAAAACAAAGUAAACUUAAGUACAUAUUAUUAUUAUAUAAUAUAUAAUAUUUGAUGCACUGCCAAAACGGUUUUUAACUAAUUAAAUUAAAAUUAAAUUUAAACUAAAAAAUAAGACAUAAGAAAAAGAAAAAAAAUAAUUUAAUAAAUUUAAACAAACAAACAAAACAAAAAAACGUAAUUUUUCUUAUUUUUUACCUGCAAAACUGUUAUAAAAAUUAAUAUAUAAAAUAUAUAUAUAUAAAAUAAAAAGAGUUAACCUAUAUGUAUAUAAAAUAUUCUUGAAUGCACAAAAAUAAAUCAAACAGCAUUAAAUAAAAAUUUAAAUUAAAACAUAUAAAUAAAACAAAAAAAGCAGUACAUUAUUUCGAAAACAAAACAAAAACAUAAGCAAAUGAAAAUCAACUAUUUAUUAUAACCCAUGCACUAAGUUAGUGCUUAAAAAUGAUUUUUUUUAUUUAUCAUGUAAAUACAUUUAACUAUAUUUUAUUUAUUUUUUUUUGUAUUUUUUAAUUGCGUUAAAAUUAAAAUUAAACAAAAUGAACAGCAAUGAAAUAUAAAAUAAUAAAAAAAAGCGUUACUUACUUAUUAAUGCCAGUAUUCAAAACUUUUUAUAAAAAAUAUCUACGAAUAAAAAUUACUAUAGUUAAAUUAAAACGAAAGAAAAAAUAUAAAUAAAUAAUUCCAAGAAAAAUCAAAUAAAAAUAAAAACGAAGGAAUUUAAAUUUAAAAAAAAUUACACCCACUCAAAAACUAAUUGAAGAGAAAAUUAAAUAUAUAAAAUUCCUUAUAACAAAAUAAACAAACAAAAAAAUAGUUAGUCUUAUAAAAACUAAAACAAACAAAAAAGAAAAACAAAAUAACAACAAAUAUAUGCAUAACUAAUCCAAUUUAAAUUAAGUAGUUGAACUAUGAUAAAUACUUUAAUGCAUUUUGAAAAAUUAUUUUCUCUCCUCUUUCUUCUCCAAGUCAUAGAAUAAAAAAAAUAAAUAUAUAUGAAAAUUUGAAAGCAAUUGGACUUGGACAAGAGAAAAAAAAAACAAUUAAAGUUAUAACUAAAAAUAAUUAACAAAAAAAAACACAAUAAAAUUUAAUUAGAGUUGAACAAAAAAUGCUAAAAUUAAAUAAACAAAAAUAAAUUAAAAAAAGCAAAACACUAAAUUUAAAACGAAAAUAGUUUGAUACAAGUCACUAAAUAUUAUUAAUAAAUAAAAUAAAAAAAAAAACACUAGCAUAAACAAUUAAUCGAUACAUUUUAAAUUUAUCAAAAUAACAAAAUAACAACAAAAACACAACAAAAUAAAAUUGUCGAUAAUGGUUUCAGUGUACCUUCAGUGAGUGCAUUGCCGACCACGACUUUACGAUAUUAAUUAAUUGCUGUUUUUGCUAUGCACUUGUACAAAUUAAAAAUUUAUUUCAAAUUAAAUUUAUGUAAACAAAUGGAUAAAACAAAAGAAAAACUUAAUCUUUUACAUAAAAAGAACAAUUUCAAAAAAAGACAUAUCCAUUGCAAAACUUCUUGAAGGUUAAAAAACAAUAUAAUAGUAUUUUUGUUCCUUUUUUUUAAUUCCAAUUAUAAAAUAUUUAAAAACAAAUAAAACAACAAUCAAACAAAGGGCAUGCCAAAAAUGGCAGUUAAUGUUAUAUUGUUCGUUAUUCUAAAUGUAAAUACAUUAAAACCUUAUGUAUAGUAAACAAAAAAAGGAAUAAACAAAUAAAACUUUAAAAUAAAAACAACAGUUUAUAGACUUAAUAAAUAUUUAAAAAAUAAAAAAAAAAACAAAACAGAUAUUUAAACAAAACCAAAAAUGAAAUUUAAAAAAUUCAAACCGCAAGAAUAGAAAAUCAAAUAAAUUAAUAAACAACAACAAAAAAACAA